AUGUUGAGGAGAGCAGCUGACUUCGAGAAGCAGUCGGUGGAGAACAGUCUGAGCUCCCGGAACACUCGCUUCACCCAGUCGUGUCAAUCCUUUCGGAGUCUAGGGAGCAUGGCAUCCAGCAGGCUCACCCGUGCUGUCUCCCUUCGGCAGCAGACCAGCCGAUUGUUGGCCACGCGUGGCCGGCAAAGUCCGUCAGCAUCUCAUGGGAAGUAUCGGAUCGGACAGCUCUCAAAGCUUGGUUCGGGUAUUUUUCACCUUCCAGAGAUUCCUGGCACGCCUGUGGAGCAGGGUAAAGAUGCCAAGAAGGCCUCAAAGGCCAAGGCACGCAGUAAAACCAAGAGGAGCGAUGGCCCACAAGAAGUCUCUUUGGAAGCCGCCCGUGCUUUCUGGGAUUUGGCCGCUCAAGAAGAUCGGCGUGCUCAACAGGCUCGAAAUGGUCGCCAUCGAUCAAGCCAGGAUGAAGACAGGCGCCAACCAAGCAACUCUCAGUCAAACCACUACCCCAACUAUGUACGGCACUCUGGCCCGGGCGUGCCAGAACUCUCUCAUCGUGUGGGACUACCAUAUCAAGUGGCUAAGGAGGCUGCUCAUCUCUUCCAUCGAUUUGCUGACUUCCCUAAAGGAGGAGGCAUUUUUGAUGGCAAGCUGAAGGUCUCCCAGCUGACCGAAGUUUUAGUCGCUCUUUGUGAAGUCGCGGACGCCUCAGAGCUGGACAAGGGCUUCACGGAUCGAGCCUUUCGAGCUGCGGAUCGCGACUCAGGUGGCUUCAUUGACAUUGAGGAAUUUGCCAUUUGGUACUCCUCCUUUUGCUUUGCAGAGGAGGUGACCGUGCGACCUCAAGUGCGACAGACCAGGGAAUUAGCACGACAGAUGGGUCUGGAAAUCUGGGCCAUUGAGAAGUUCCGGGUCGCCUUUGACAAGUACGACGCAGACGGUAGUGGAGAGAUUGAAUUUGAUGAGUUUUCAGACAUGGUGCAAGAGCUGCUGAAGAUACCCAAUGGCCAUGAACUCCCGCAUGACCGGCUGAUGACCAUGUGGCGCACGGCCGACAUCACCCAGAAGGGCUACCUUGACUUCCGGGAGUUUUGUUUUUUCUAUGUCCGGAUGGUCUCUAUGGAAGAGGGAUGUGAUCCAAUCAGGGACUACUAUCGAAACGUCCGCAACGUUCCAGUGGCUCCCCUCUAA